UACAUUUGUUGUAUAAAUAAAUAAUUUCUCUAGUUUAUAAGCGCUUUUUUAAUUUGUCUUUAUGGCGUCAAAAAAGGUAUUUGAUCGGUGUUGUAAUCCUUUUGAGUUGGAAUCUCAUUUUAAAAAAAUUGGUUUACGUCCGGCGACUGAUAUUAUGAAAGUAACGUUAGGAUUAGAUGAUAAUUAUUUAUUAUGCAGUUCAUGUCGAAAAAAAGCUUCAGAGUUAGUGAAGCAACAAACAAAUGCUCGUAAUGAUCCUAGUGCUGAUGUAAGUGACCGUGAAGACAACUAUAGUGACAAUAAUGACAACAAUGAUCAGGCUGAUAAUGAUAGUAAUACAACUGCCACGGAUCUCCCAUUAUCCUUAUCAUUCCGUUCCAUGUCAUUUGAUAGCGAACCAAAGCAUCACAAUCAAGCUCAGGAUCCCAAGUUAGCGCUGCAACUCAAUUACCCGUAAUAAACCAUGCAUUAGAAUUGUUAAAUCAAUCACCGAUUCCAUCGAAGAAAUUGAAUGAUAAUCAAUUUUUGAACAAUAAAAUAAAUCGGGUAUCCGACAGCUUGAAAAAAGUUUUGCUUUCUUCUUCAGAUGAAGAAUCGAUUGAUGACGAUGGUGAAAAUUUUCGCUCUCUAAUUAAAAUGUUGUAUGAUAAAUUCAACGAUAAAGAAACUGAUAAGUCUUUGAAAAUACAAAUUUUAACAUUAUUACCUGUAAAAUGGAGUGAGAGACGUAUUUGUGAAACUAUGAAUACAUCAAGACAUUUGUCAAGAGUAGCAAAAAAUUUGGUUGAAGAAACGGGUUUACUUUCUACACCUGAAUCGAAAUUUGGUAUGGGUAGCGUAAAAUCGAUGUUUUAAAUACACUUGAAAACUAAAUUACUCAACAUUUUUGUAUAGGGAGGACAAUUACUGAUCAGGUAAAAUUAAAAGUUGAAAAUUUUUACAACGAUGAUGAGUAUAGUGCUCAAAUGCCCGGUAUGAAAGACUUUGUAUCAAUUCGAAGUGAUGAUGGUAAUCGGAUACACGU